AUGGGAAUAGUAUUUGGUAAAAUCUCCGUGGAGACACCCAAAUACACCGUGGUCAAAUCCGGCGACGGUUACGAGAUCCGUGAGUAUCCACCCGCCGUUGCGGCCGAGAUCACUUACGAUCCUUCCGAGUUCAAAGACAACAAAGACGGCGGGUUCUCGGUCUUGGCCAAGUACAUAGGCGUGUUCGGCAAACCGGAGAACCAGAAGCCGGAGAAGAUCGCCAUGACAGCUCCGGUGAUCACCAAGGAAGGGGAGAAGAUCGCCAUGACAGCUCCGGUUGUGACCAAGGAAGAAGGAGGAGGAGGAGAGAAGAAGACGGUGACGAUGCAGUUUCUGUUGCCUGAAGUGUACAAGAAGGCUGAGGACGCGCCGCGUCCGACUGACGAGAGGGUGGUGAUUAGGGAGGAGGGAGGGAGGAAGUACGGCGUUGUCACGUUCAGUGGAACCGCGGCGGAGAGUGUGGUGGGGGAGAAGGUGGAGAAGCUGAGGAGUGAUCUCGAGAGAGAUGGGUUUAAGAUCACCGGAGAUUACGUCCUUGCUAGGUAUAAUCCUCCGUGGACGUUGCCUCCUUUCAAGACCAACGAAGUCAUGAUUCCUGUUGAAUGAAGAACACUCUAUCCAACGUCUUUUCAGAACAAUAAUGUAUACAAUGCCAGGUUUUGAAUUUUAAUGAAUCAACGAACAAAGUUCUUGUUC